AUGAAUGAAGUGGAGGAUGUUGCAGGGGCGAUUAAAGGUGGUGUUGAUUCACUUCUGGACGAUGAUCGCAAACCCAGAAGACACAGUGACAAGUUUAAGCUUGGAAGAGAAAUAAGCAGGGACAGCAUGGACAGGAAGUGCACAUAUAAUAACAGCAGUGAUUGGUGCUGGAGUGUUGUCUAUUCCUUGGGUCAUGGCACAAUUGGGAUGGAUAAUUGGCAUAUUCUCAAUCUUGCUCCUUGCAAGUGGAAAGGAAAGAGUACCUCUUUAAUGUGGGGCAGCAAGAUUCAAAGUCCAUCACACUUCUGGAAUAUUCUCAUUGCACUUGGAAACAUUGCACUUGCUAGUUCCUAUUCUCAAAUUGGUGUAGAUAUUCAGGACUCUUUGAAAUCAUCACCACCUGAAAAUAAAGUGAUGAAGACGGCAAAUAAGAUAGGCGUAGGCACUAUGACAACUUUUUUCCUGCUAUGUGGAUGCUCUGGUUAUGCAACAUUUGGUUCAGACACACCUGGAAACAUCCUACUCAGUUCUGGGUUAGGAUACAUUGCCUUUCAUCUUGUGAUACAGUCAAAACAUUUUGUUCACAAAGUUCAUAGGGUUGCCAUCCAACCCAUUUUUAGUUUAGUUGAAACAUGGGCCAGGCAAAGGUGGGCAAGCUCAGGUUUUGUUCAUGGGGAACACCCCAUGAGCAUGGGGAAAAUGAAGAUCAAGCUUAACUUCUUCAGGUUAGUUUGGAGGAGCAUAUUUGUGGUGAUAUUGACUGUUUUGGCUAUGGCAAUGCCCUUUUUCAACGAGAUGAUUGCGCUGUUGGGCCGUAGGGUUCCAGUGGAGAUGUACAUUACAAGAAAAAAAAUCAAAAAGGGAAUGAGGUGGUUUGGCCUUAAAACUUUGAGCUUGCUUUUCAUGUUACUGGCAGUGGCUAGUGCAUGUGCUGCCAUUCGAGGCAUCUAUCAAUCUCUUCACAAAUACAAGCCCUUCAAGUAUAAAGAGUAG